AAGAAAAAAAACAUGCCCGACCGUCGAGCCCAAUAUAAAAGAAACAGUAUUGGUUCUGCAGAACAACUUCGUGAGCGACGCGUCGUUCUCGAUGAAUCAUUACGAAAGAAACAUCGCGAGCAGCUCAUUAGUGCCAAACGAUUCCGCCAUUUGUCUCGUCAUGAACAACGAGAGAGCUCCGCGCAAAUCAGUGCUCUUGCUGAAGACCUGAAAAGUACCGAUCAAAGCGCUCGCAUGGAAGCAGCACAGUAUUUGAGCAAGUAUCUCGUUGAACCUUGUCAAGCACUCAUCGACUAUAUUACGCACGGUGACUGCAUUGAAACGCUUACGAUUAUAACAGAUAUCGCAGCUGGACCGCAAGAACUGUGGAUCAAGUCUGUAACAACUGUUCCGUACAUGGUCUCAUUUCUGGAUGCUGACAGUUUGAGUCUUCGUGAAGCUGCUGCAGGUGCACUGGGUAAUAUGGCAGCCGAAGAAUUAGGUGAUAUGACAAGCGAGGAUGAUGAAGUGCGGACCCUGAUUAGGAACAAUGGCGCUGUGCCUCCACUUGUUCGACUCUUGGAUUCCAAUGAUUCACGUUUAGUACAAACUGCAUGCUUUGCACUUGCAAACUUGGCACGUGGAAACGAAAGACAGUUGAAUGAAUUUAUCGUGGCAGCAAUUGCAAAGCCUUUGUUCCGACACUUACGAGACAAGACGCCGGAUACUGUAACUGAAGUAUGCUGGGUCAUGAGCUAUCUGACAGCUGGAUCGCUCCAGUUCAGACAACAGAUCAUGCAGCAAGGAAUUGCGGGUAUACUGGUACGCGAGCUGCGUGAUUUAUGCCAACAAGGACCUGUGGUUCUGCCAUUGCUGCGUACGCUAGGCAAUCUUUGUGGCGGUCCUGACGAAUACAUUGAAAUUCUGCUUGAUCAAGAUGGAUUCCUCUUCACUUUGCUUCUAUUGACUCACUCUGAGCACAGACAACGCCCAGAAAUUGUUAAAAGAGUAGUGGAUGCAAAUGCAAUCGCAUAUCUUGCCGACACCCUCGUGCAGCAUGGUGCAUUGGAUAUCCGCAAGGGGGCCGCAACCUGUCUUUUGAACAUUGCAUAUCACGGUGAAAAGUAUAUGCUACUGCUGCCACAUCAGCGACUAUUGCCUGCAUAUGUUGACCUGGUUCAAUCCCAAGACGCAGAAGAAAUGAGACUUGGGCUUUCGUACAUUGAGAUGCUUUUGACGCGCGUGCCACGAGGAAAUGAGGUGGUGCAGGUAACACCUGGAUGCGUCGAGGCGCUGGGUGCUGUCAAUCCAGUUCCAGAUCCAGAGCUCUAUACAUUUGCCAACAACCUAGUGGACAAGUUCUUCGAGGAGACGCCUGGUCUAACAAACGUCGUUUAA